ACCAGUCACCGCUGCCAACGCAGGCUCUUCCAACACUGCCGACCGCCUCACCGCAUUGGAGAUGCACGUCGGCUCCCUCCAGGAUGGCGCACAGUUACAGCAGACCGCGACGCAACAGUUGCAGCAGCGGGUCUGCACUACCGCCACCACCUCGAGUCCGGAGCCGCGCGAGACAGCUCCUAAGUUCGAUGGGCAGGAGAUCUUCCACGACUCAAUCAAGACAGAUCCRAUUCCAUGGUUUCGCAAGUUCGAGCUCAUGCUGCAGCUCCACAACGUCAAGGAAAACAAGCACCACGCYUACUUGUACUCUCGCUCAGGGGACGCGUGUCAGGCGUGGUUGGACAACUUGCUGUCCAAGUACGGAGUGGUAGCAGCGGACUUGCACGCCAUGAUCAACUGGGAUGAUCUGAAGGCAGCAUGGCACAAGCGGUUCCAGGUGGAGCCGCCAGAGAUCAAAGCCAUGGACAAGCUUAUGGUCUUCGAGCAAGGCUCGCUGUCGAGUACGGACUGGAUCGCCGAGUACCAACKCUUGACGUCAGUCCCAGACAUUCAGAUGGGCUUCAAGGCCAUCCGCCACUACUUCAUCUCAAGGUUAUGUCCGACAUUGAGCAAUGCCCUGACGCAUGUCGAGGACACCUUGACAAUGACGGCGGAACUAUUCGACAAGGCGGCGCAGAUCAUCGUUACGAACAAGGAGGCCAAGAACCUCCGUUCUUCUGCGUCAGGCCCGAGUGGGAACCAGCAUUGGCCACGAGUGGCCGUGGUCGCAACGAUAGAGGUUUUGGACCCGCUCACGUCUCAGGACUUUGCAUGGCUUCCUCUCCCGACCACAGGCUGUUUGCCGGGACCGCAAUACGCAGCACUUAGCGCUCAUCUCCACACUUACCUUUCCUUCUAUGCACCACCAACUUUGUCGACGGAUGACGAAGUCGCGGUGGGGGACAUCCUGGCGUACGUUACCAAGGUGGCCCCGGAGUUUCGCACGCAGCGGUACGAUAACAACAAUGCACCGCUCAUGUACGUCCGCAUCCAGGUUGGGCAAGCGUCCUGCGGCGCUUUGCUGGAUAGCGGCGCGACUCGCAACUUCAUGAGCCAGUCUUUUAUGCAAAGAGUUGGCCUUGGUGCUCAGGUUCGGAGGAAGGCAAACCCGACGGCGAUCAAGUUGGCGGAUGUCCUCGAGCAACAUGAUGGUGUGGACUGGCACCCAUGCGAGUACUUCAGCAAGAAAGUGCCACUCGUGCAUUCCAUUGACGAUGCACGCAAGAAGGAGCUCCUCGCCUUCGUCAACGCGCUCAAGCGGUGGCAGCACUUCCUCCUUGGUCGAAGCCAAUUUCGCUGGGUAACGGACAACAAUCCGUUGGUCUUCUAUAAGACCCAAGACACCGUCAACAGCACCAUCGCUCGAUGGAUGGCUUUCAUCGACCAGUUCGACUUCUUCCCCGAUCACAUUCCCGGGAAGUCGAACCGUUUUGCGGAUGCUCUUUCACGACGUCCGGAUCAUUGUACCGCGGUCUACUCGACUUUCGAGAUUGACGAUGACCUGCGGAACAACUUCAUCCGCGGUUACCAAGCCGACCCCGAGUUUCGCGACAAGUACGCGAAUUGCUCCUCGCCUAAUCCGGCUCCUUCUCACUACUGGAUCCAGGAGGGGUACUUGCUUGUCCACACGUGGGGGAAGGACCUUCUUUGCGUACCAAGUGAUCCUCACUUGCGUACACGACUUCUUGGCGAGUUCCACGACGCUCCCACCACCGGACAUUUUGGAGUCAAUCGCACGAUUGGCCGACUUCGCCAGCGAUUUUGGUGGUCCGGCCUUCUCGGCGACGUCACACGCUAUUGCGAGUCAUGCGAGGUUUGCCGACGCUGCAAAUCCCGCAACUAUCGUCCGUACGGCGAGCUACGACCAUUGCCAGUCCCGUUGAGGCGAAGGGAAGCGAUUGCCAUGGACAUCACCGGCCCGUUCCCCAAGCACAAGACCGGAGUGGAUGGGAUUCUCACAGUGGUCGACCGACUCACCAAGUUCGCCAUGUUUUUGCCUUGUCGCUAUCAUGCCAAGGCACCGGAGUUGGUCGAGGUUUUGUACGCCAGUUGGAUUCGCACCAAGGGUUACCCCAAGGAGAUCGUCUGUGACCGCGACACUCGGUUCAUGUCCGAUUUUUGGUUGGCGCUCAUCAAGCGAUGGGGCUCAUCUCUGAAGCCCAGUUCAGCUCGCCACCCUCGGACCGAUGGCUAGACGGAGAGGGCGCAUCAGACCGCACAGGUUCUCCU